UCCAGAUCACUCAUGGGAGGAGAGUGUUGUACAGAGCGGCUUUUGUGCUCUUCCCAUGGUCGAAGCAGCAGCUGGAAGAUGAACAGGAUGGCAAUAAUAGCACUCGGGACAACUGUAAAUAACAAUCAGUGUUGAAAAGGGAAGAAAAUCAAGCCAAAAAUCAAAAUAUUUUCCAUUUCCUGCAGAAAACCUUACAAAUCUGUUCCUCCUUCUCCAGCAGCUGUUUGACAAAAGAGAGAAAAUCAAGAAAGAAUAAGCAGAUUGUGCAGAACUCAAGGAUACAUUACAUGAGAGGUGAAGGGAGAUUGUUUAUAAUUCAGCAAAAGAGGGAAUAAAUAUCUGGAAGUCUGUUGGGAGGAAAAGAUCAAUAGUAAAGCCACGUAGAACAGACAGGCCUUUCCCUGUGAGGAAGAAGACAGCUUGAAUGAAAGCACCCUUAAACAAGGCAUUGUCCAUAUUUUUCACCUCCUCAAGAAUAUCAGCUGUGGAAAAGCUCCAUAGAUUUGCCUGUUGUGGAAGAAGCACAGAUUGCGAAUCACAACUGAUUAUACACAAGAGGAGCCAAAAAGGAGAAAAUCCAUACAAAUUACCUGGAUGUGGCAAAAACAGCUCCCUUGUGGUUCAUGGAAGCAUCUCUACAUAAGAAGGAAGCCACAAAAGUGCAGUAAAUGCUAUAGUGAGCAUGGCAACAUGGUGUUACAUGAGAUAAUUCACAGGAGGGAGAAAACAUGUGACUGCAGAUUGUGUGAAAGUUUCAUUAGAAAUUCCCAGGUCUUGAGACACUGAAUGAUGCAUACAAAAGAAUAAAACCAUUUGAACAUCCUUUCUGUGGGAAAGGUUUCAGUGAGAAUUACACCCUAGUGAAGCCCCUGAGGAUCCCACAAAAGUGAAAUCCUUUGAAUGUCCUGAUUGUUGGAAAACUUGCAGUUAUGAUUCCAAUUUGUGAAACACCAUGGAAACCAUAAAGGAGAAAAACCCAUUCAAUGUCUUGACUGUGGGAGAAGUUUCAAUCGUAAUUCCCACGUGAUAAUACAUCAGAGCAUUCACUACAUGGAGAAAUCUUAUAAGUGUGGAGAUUGUGGGAAAAGUUUCAUUAGAAAUUCCCACCUACACAAGACCACGCACACAGGAGGGAAAGCUUUUGAAUGUCCUGAUUGUGGGAAAAGCUUUAUUGAUGAUUCCAGCCUGGUGAAACACCAGAAGACACACACAAGAGAGAAACCAUUUGAAUGUCCUGACUGUGGGAAACGUUUCAGUUGGAAUUCCCAUCUGGUGAUACACCAGAGGACUCAUGCAGGAGAGAAACCCUUUGAAUGUCCUACCUGUGGGAAAAACUUUAGUAAUAAUUUUAAUCUGGUGACACACCAGAGGACUCACACAGGAGAGAAACCCUUUGAAUGUCCUGAUUGUGGGAAAAGUUUUAGUCUGAGUUCCAGCCUGGUGACACACCAGAGGACUCACACAGGAGAGAAACCCUUUGAAUGUCCUGAUUUGGUGACACACCAGAGGACUCACACAGGAGAGAAACCCUUUGAAUGUCCUGAUUGUGGGAAAAGUUUUAGUCUGAGUUCCAGCCUGGUGACACACCAGAGGACUCACACAGGAGAGAAACCCUUUGAAUGUCCUGAUUGUGGGAGAGGUAUCAGUAAGUAUUCCUACCUAAUGAUACACCAGAGGACUCACACCGUGGAGAAAUCUUUGAAAUUUCCAAUCUGCAGUCAUUACUUCAAGCAUAAAUCAUCCCUUAUUGCACACAAGUUAGUCCAUAUGAGGAAAGGUAGAUGA